AUGCAGUUUUUCUUCUGUCUUGAGCUGCAUGUGUGUCCGAAAGCAGUGAUUUUGUCCUUCCCUUCCACAGCUGCCACGGACACGACUCCGCGUGCGCCUGCUGACGGGAAAGAGCUGGAGGGGGAGACCGCCGACACAGGGCCUGCUAUCAGGUUCGGAACGUUUGGGAAGCUGGAGCUAGAGCUGUCCCCGAACCUCAUCGCCACCAUCGAUCCCAACGGAAAUCCGGAGGUGAUGAUGCUGACAUUCCGCAACGAGUGCCAGCAGUCGGUGGUGUCACCUGGGGGGGUGACGCUGAAGUCACGCGACGGCUCGCUGGCCCCUCUUGUUGGGGGUGCUUACUUCCUGUGUGCGUAUGGAAGCUACGAGAUUGCACUGGUGGGUGGUAGGAGGGAUCUUGAAGGCAACUCCGACAAUGAAGCAGAGCGCUUGCAAGAAGAGGAGCAAAGAGCGAAGCGCCUCCGCAUGAUUGGUUUGUUCAACAAGGAGGACUGCACCGAGAGGGACUUCGAGCAUGAGCACUUGCAGAGCACUGCGUAUGAGUUCUUCAGCAAAGGAGUGCAAGCACGCGGAAGAGGGGAAGACGCAAGUGCCCUUGAGUUUUUCAGGGUCAGUGCGGUAGCGGGAAGCGCCAACGGCAUGGAAGAACUGGCCCGCUAUUACUUGGCUGGGACGGUUUGUUCAAAGGACGUUAUUGCCGCGCAAGCGCUGCUUCGAGAAGCAAGCCAGCAUCUUAUAGUCGACUUUACUCUGUUGCAGAACUGCAAUAGCAAAAUUGCGGAGAUGGUGGAUGCCAAGCUACCGAAGGCCACGGUCCCAACGGUUCUCGAGCUGAUGCGCAUUCUGACCAGCAAAAGCAGCGUCGCAGAGAGGAUUGGCGCCAGCAAGAUGCUCUCUGACCUGGCGAAAGAAAGGGACUCGGAAAACCGAGAGCACCAUCUGUGGCUGGUGCGCCUUUUGGCAAGCGAGAACGAGGUCAUGCAGGUAGCAGUUGCAGAUGCUGUCCGCGUUUUGGCUGAGAACGGUGAUAUCGAUCCAGAUCUGCCAGGCCUGAUAGACAUGCUGGUGUGCCUCCUCACGUGCGAGCGCGCGCGCGCGGCCGCGAGGGGCUCGGCGGCCGCGGCGCUCGCGCGUGUGGCAUACGACCACGACCCUGAGACCCAAGAACGGAUUCGGGCUGUGCCACAAGUUGUGGAUAGUUUGACGAUGCUUCUCUGGACUGAGGAUGUGGAGUUGCAGGAUGCGACCGCGAGGCCACUGAUUACUCUAACAAAUAGAUCAGAAUCGGGUCCCCGCGUUCUGGACACGAUUGCAGCUAGCUUCAAACCAGGGCAUCUGGCCAGAUUGAUUGGAUUUCUGAACGGCAAGAGCGUGGACUGCAGACCUUAG